ACUCCUUUCCAGGAUUUAUUUCCCACCUUCUAGGAGAUUUGACCCUCUGUCCUGCUCUCAGUGCCGGCCCUGGGCCUAUGAGAGACAGGAGACAGGAGACAGUGUAGUCGGCUUCCUCAGCCUCUCACAGCCUCAUCCUGGCAGAACUUGUGUUCAGUGUGCUCUUGCCACCACUACCCAUAGGGCUUCGCAACCGAUGGAGAACACUGCCCUGCUCUUAGCCUCCUUCUCAUAGAGAGAUGCUGCAGCUCAGAGAGGCUAAGAGCCUUGCCAAGGUCACACAGCCAGGAGCUGACUAAACUAGGGCUUGAGCUGAAUCUUGAGAGCUGAAUCUCACAGGGGCACUGUGGGAACUGCAGAAAAUGGGGACUGGUGUUGACUGGGCCCAAGGACAAGGCUGAAGAAGGGGGAAGGUGGACUGUGGGAUGGAGAGAGGAUGGGAUUAAAAUGAUGGAGGCCUCAAGGCACAGGUAGCAAGGACGGGCUUUGAGAAAGAACUAGCGGUGUCUCCAGAAGUACCUGUCUCAACAAGGCUGAAAGACACAGAAACUGCAUUCUCCCAGACACACCAUGAGACAAGGUGUGUGGGGGUGGGGGGGCUUCUAUUGCUUCCAUUUUACAAGUGGGAAAACCAGAGCAAGGGGAGAUGGGGGGAAGGGCUGGCUAAGGUCCGGGAACCCUGAUAGAAGGCAGAGUAGAUAAUCCAUCCAGAACUUUCUCAGUCAAUGGCGAAUGAUGAAAUAGACGAUGAAAGGGUUGUGGAGACGGAGACAAAUUGAGGCCAUCCGAGCAGGGAGGGAGAACAAGGCCGAGGCUGGUGGCUGCUUGCGCUGAAAUGAAGCCCUUAUACAAGCUCUGUACACUGGCAGAGAGAAUCAGCUGGUCGGGUGUCAGGGAGUCCUGGUGCCUCCUCCCACCCCCGCGGACCCAUCCACCUGCUGCUCCACAGUGCAAUGCUCCCCGGUCUCCUGGGGUGGCUGAAGUGUGUGGGAGACGCAGAGGAGGUCAAAGCGCAUGUCUUGCCCGCUCUCAGGUCCGCAGCAUCCUGCGUCCGUCCGCAGCAGCAUCCUCUCAGGCCCUCCCCCUCCCCCGUGUGCGGAUGGUACGCUCCGCUAAGCCUGGCCGGGUUGCAGUGGAUGUUGCUAGAAUCCACGCGGAGGAAAGAAGAGACGCAGGCAGGCUGCGGUGACCCAAGCGGCCACCCCCCGCUUCAGGGACCCCUUCCUCGAGAGACGACACCAUGACCCAGGGAAAGCUCUCUGUGGCUAACAAGGCCCCUGGGACUGAGGGGCAGCAGCAGGCAAAUGGAGAGAAGAAGGAUGCCCCAGCAGUGCCCUCGGCACCACCCUCCUACGAGGAGGCCACCUCUGGAGAGGGGCUGAAGGCAGGGGCCUUCCCCCAGGGUCCCACAGCUGUACCACUCCAUCCAAGCUGGGCCUAUGUGGACCCCAGACACCAUGAGCUUUUCAGCACCUUCAGCUGGGAUGACCAGAAAGUUCGUCAGCUUUUCAUCAGAAAGGUCUAUACCAUCCUGUUGGUUCAGCUGCUGGUGACCUUGGCUGUGGUGGCUCUCUUUACCUUCUGUGACGUCGUUAAGGACUAUGUCCAGGCCAACCCAGGCUGGUACUGGGCAUCCUAUGCCGUAUUCUUUGCAACAUACCUGACUCUGGCUUGCUGUUCUGGGCCCAGGAGACACUUCCCUUGGAACCUGAUUCUGCUGACCAUCUUUACCCUGUCCAUGGCCUACCUCACUGGGAUGCUGUCCAGUUACUACAACACCACGUCUGUCCUGCUGUGCCUGGGCAUCACAGCUCUUGUCUGCCUCUCAGUCACCAUCUUCAGUUUCCAGACCAAGUUUGACUUCACCUCCUGUCACGGUGUGCUAUUUGUACUGCUCAUGACUCUCUUCUUCAGUGGACUCCUCCUCGCCAUCCUCCUGCCCUUCCAAUAUGUCCCCUGGCUCCACGCCGUCUAUGCUGUGCUAGGAGCGGGUGUGUUCACGUUGUUCCUGGCAUUUGAUACCCAGCUGCUGAUGGGUAACCGUCGACACUCGCUGAGUCCUGAGGAGUAUAUUUUUGGAGCCCUCAACAUCUACCUAGACAUUAUCUAUAUCUUCACCUUCUUCCUGCAGCUUUUUGGCACCAACCGGGAAUGAGGAGCCCUCCCCCCACCCCCGCCCUCCUCCAGAGAAUGCCCCUCCCCUGUCCUGUGACCCUCUCAGAGCUCCUGCAAGACCAGACAUAAACUUGCUGCAGCCAGCUUGUGUGCAGCCGCUCCCUCCUGCAGCCAGCCCUCACCUCGAGCCCUCUGCAGCUUGUACAUAUGCCAUCCUUGGAGCCCCGCAGAUCUGAGGCCACACCAUCCCCUGUGGUGCCCCCAGCACCCGAUUGCAUCUUCCAAGUGGCACAGUCAUGGCUGAGGGCAUCUCUGGGUUUGCAGAGACCCCAGAAAUGAGUGGGAGGAGCCCAGAGGUGGGAAGGAGCCCCCAGGAAGCCUGGCUGAGACUGUGACUCCCCACCACCAAGUCUUGUAGGGCUCCAUUUUCUCUUUCAGUUCAAGGAACCAAGCUUUGUAAGAAAAAAAGAAAAAAGACUGAGGGGACAUGGCUGGAACUUGAGAAUGGGCUCUGUGGUACAGGGCAAAGCUUUUCCCGCCGCUGUCACUCUCUCAGCUGUAGGCCAGUUGCUUGUUCUAGGGAUCUGAACAAUAUAAAAGGAAGCUGCUGCUUUCA